AUGUCAACGACAGCAAAAAUGCGAUUCUCGAUGGACUCGAUUUUAGCUGCUGCUGAGGCAAAAACGAGGAAAAGAUCGGCGGAGGAUCACAACACCGGCGUCCUAGAAUCGGCCAAGAAGCCUUGUCCAACGCUACGCUCUAUGUCGCCUCGAGCCACAGUCGCUGUUCCUGAAGCCGUCUCAACACCAUCGCAAACCGUUGAAAUAACAUCAAGGUGUUCAGCAGAGAGCCCCGUUCCAUCCACAAGUUCCAGUCCUGAAGAUUUGACUUGUCGCGUGAGGAAACAAAGUUCACAAAGUCCAGAGUUAUUGCAAUCCGACAAAGAAGAAGCGAAGGAAGGAUGUUCAAAAGACGAUGAACCUUCCACAACUCCAGAGGACAUUGAGGAGAACACUCAUCGCGAAUUGCAGCCAGUAAGUCCCUCCGGAAUGUCUUCACAUCGUUCGAAGACGGGUGCAACGAAACCUGCCUAUUCUUACAUAGCUUUAAUUGCCAUGGCAAUUCUCAAUGCUGAAGAUAAGAAACUAACGUUGUCACAAAUCUGCGACUUCAUAAUGUCACGAUUCCAGUACUACAGAGACAAGUUCCCCGCCUGGCAGAACUCGAUUCGUCACAACUUAAGUCUUAACGACUGUUUCGUGAAAAUCCCCCGAGAACCUGGGAAUCCAGGCAAAGGCAACUACUGGUCUCUUGACCCAAAAGCUCAAGACAUGUUCGACAAUGGCUCAUUUCUGAGGAGAAGGAAAAGGUUCAAGCGACAACCCGAGCAAAACGACUUGUCCGCGAUGACGUUCCCACCGUUCCUCCCUCAACUUGGACCUUUAGUCCAUUCUCGACUGCCUAUACCUAUGCCAACAAUCAUCGCACCUCUUCCGCCGCCUGUGGCUCCAAUGCCAGCUGCACUGCCACAUCCACCCAUGGCCAUGCUGCCCGCUAUGAUUGCACCGACUGUAGCGCCCAGACUACCAUAUUUCUACCCGGCUCUCCCGCAUAACGUUGACCAUCAGAAGCUGCUUGCGGCGAUGGCCGCUCAGAUACCUCCUAUUUCAACGUCGUCUGACAGUGUUGAUACAUUGCAUAAGGUCGACUGA